AUGAUGGACUACAUGGAGGCAAAGUACAUGCCUUCAUCCUGUCCCAGUAAUGCUGAGGUGUGUGAUGCAGAAGAUCUUGUCUUAAACCAGCUUGAGGCCUUGACUCUGGAAAAUGAUUCUUUGGAUGUUGAGGACUUGGAUGAUGCAAGAGUCGCCAUGCCUGAACAGGAGUACUGUGAUCAGGAGGAUGAGAUGAUGUCCAAAGCCCGAACUGUUUUCAUCUACAAGAACACUUCUCAAUUUGAAGAUGUAAUGUCAUCCCACAGUCUAUUUUCUGGCAUCCUUAUUGAUAAUGGCAGUGGGGGUCUGGACUUGUAUUGUGUGGUUCGCAGCUUCAAGAAGAAUACAUUUGGUUGGUCAAAGGUAACUUUCGAUGACUCCAAUGGCAUUCUUUUACUGGGAUUGUGGUAUGCUCAAUUUCAUUUGGGGACAUCAUGGUUGAAGGUUGCCCAAAUAGUCCCCAGGAAGUUAAGGCCAAGGCAAAGAUGGCUGUUGUUGGAAUUCCACUCUGGUACAUAUUUGGGAAGGGGCAUGAACAUGCCAACAAAUUUUGCAUCCUUACAAACUGGUGGAAGCAAGGGACAAGGAUGGUAG